CAUUUCGCCUGUUCCUUUGCAAGUGAUGCCCAAAUCUGUGGAGUAGCACAAUGGCUGUUGAAGCAGGUGUUAAGACAUGUGGACAGAGGAAGUCACCCGCUUCUCCCCGUGAUUGUCGACAAACAUUCAUUUGAGGGGCUCGCUCGGGACAUUUAAGUUGAAAAACAAGACAGUGACAGUCAGUGUGAGUCGGGAUGCUCGGUCAGUCUCCUCACCUUAUCGGUGGCAUCUUGUGGAUCCAGAAUCCAAUGAGAGCUGUUCACUGCAACCUGAGCCAGAAUGGCAUCGACCAUCAGAUGUGUCCUGAUGACAUGACGUCUCAGCUGGAGGAGGAGGAAGACUCUGUAGAUGUUGGAUCCGUGCUGCUGGAUGAUGACAGCCCAAGCUACCCAGACGUUAGCCCUCCCAUGUACCAUCGCCGAUCUCCGCCACAACGCUCAGUCUCUGAAUCUGAGCUAACCCGGCCAGGAUAUGUGAAGCUGUCCAAGCCGGUGGCCCUGUGGACCCAACAGGAUGUUUGCAAGUGGCUGAAAAAGCACUGUCCCAAUCAGCACCAGAUCUACAGCAACUCUUUUAAGCAACACGACAUCACAGGACGGGCUCUGAUGAGAUUGACAGACAGAAAGCUGGAAAGAAUGGGUAUCAUGCAGGAAGCCCAGAGGCAGCACAUCCUGCAGCAGGUCCUGCAGCUUCGUGUCAGGGAGGAGGUCAGGACUCUUCAGCUUCUCACACAAGCCUCUCUGGAGUGCACUCCGUCUUCACCAUAGUCUGAUGGAGCAGGACUACCCAAUCACAGAAGGACAUGGAUGCACACGCCACCUUGCCAACAUUCACCAACACCUGUUUUUUCCUGGAACGGUCACAGCUCUCCGACUCACACCUUUGUUCUCUGUCCUGAACUUCUCCAUAAACUGAUCUGGAAAAUGUACCGCCUUCUUCCAAGACACUCCUGAAAAUCCCCCACAAGUCUUAACUCACUGUUUCCUCACAGUCCAAACAAUUCCUUACAGCUUCCUGGAAUCUGACCAAUAGCUACUUUCCAUUACAGACUUCUAAUCUCCAGUCAUUUCUGAGCUAUACAGCCAAACCUCUAAUGCUAUAACUCCUACAGUUCCUAUUAAACACCCGUUUACUCCCUCAAGAUCAACAUGGACGCUCUACCCAGAAUCCAAUGUUUGCUUAGCUGGGUCUUUUAAAAGCAUUUUUCCACCACAGAUACCUGUUUGUGCUAUUGUACUGUUUAGAAUCUUAACCCAGAGCACCAUCCCACUUUUAGAGUAAAUAGUGACACCUACAAUACCAUCCACAUUGUAAUUCUGUCCCUCAAACGUAAGCCCUUUUCACAUAGCUCAUUCAAGGUGAGACUGGUGUAUGUUUAUUAUGCAUUGAUACCUUGUGUGUACGUCCAGAGGGAGAAUGGAGAAUGUGGACUUUAAGAUGAUGUGCCACUGAUAUGGUGGCAGUCUCAAAGCUAAAGUAAUGUACAGUGUUAAGGGUGUAGUAUACUUCUCUUAAGAAGAAAUCUGUUGUACAUUAGCUGAUUCCUUGAAGCUGACUGCUGUUUGCAAAAACACUGAUGUGGCGCCUCUAUUCAGUAUGUAUUGUUUACCAAAGGCGAACAGUGGUGACUUUUUUUUUUUUUUUAAUUAUUUGCAACGGCUGUGUGAAAAGGGCUGAUUUUAUGUAUUUAUUUAUUUUAUUUUUAUUUUUUUUGUCUGAGCCACCUUAACCACCUUAUCAUAACUCUUUCAUGUGUGCUUUUUCCUCAUGCUGAGCUUGGUUCUGCCCUCCUGAGGACAGAAUAAAAGGCUAUCUACAUGUCCAACACGGAAGAUGUACCCCUCCUCAGACUAUAUUCCCACAACCACAUUAGGGUGAUACAUUUUGCACAACUCUGUGUGUCUUUGCGGUCUUUCUCUCUGUAAUCCUGUGAAUAAGUCAGUUAAAAACGUGUUAGACGAUGCCUAGUAAAGUAUUCUUACCUCUACUCAAUUUUUUAACCCUCCCUGUAGCGUGUAUUGCCCUCGUAGGGUAGAUGAUAAGCCUGAGAGAACUUCACUGUGAUAAUAUUCAGUAAGUAAGAGAGAAAAGACUUAACUUGGUGCUCUGUUAAAUACAAUUAACUUGGCUCCCUUAAGUAAACAACAUUGCUGUUAAGAAAAAAAAUCUUAAGGUGAUUAAGCAAAACCUGAAAAAAUAAAUAUGAUCUUCAAAGGUACCUAAAAGCAGGUAAACAAACUUAGCAGCUUGAUUUGAUUUUAGAAAGGAGAAAGGAAGAAAGAGAAAGGGCUCUACGAACCAGGAGAUGCUUAGACUUGAAAUUUCUUUUCUGUAAUGUCGAGAGAAAAAGAACAAAAAGAGAAAGAAUACAUUACAUAGACAUGAGUGUAGCCUUUUUCAUUUCCUGUCCCUCAUAUUUCAUUGUCUGCUUUCCAUCUCACUGCUUGAAACUGUUUUUAGAAGAGUUAUAUUCAAAAAGUGUAGAUGUACUGUGAGGAGAAGCUCAUAAUGCAAAUGUUGACUCACUUUUAUCAGGAAAAUACAUCAUAUACUAUUUAUGUGUGAUGACUUAAACCUCUGUUGUAAAUGUGAAUAAUGGCCACUCACUGUUGAUAUUAUAGAUAUUUUAUCUUUACUUACAAGCACACGUGUUUAAUGAAACAAAACAGCUGUUAACUGGAACAUCAUCUGCACCAUGACAUGUCUAUCACUGUAAAUACAUUAUAAGACUCGUAGUCAGUAUAUUGACCUCUCAAUGUCAACCACUUAUUCCAGUGUUCUGAAAGAAAUAUUUAUCAAAAGCUCUUAUCUGUGCUGCUGCAGCAUGAGCUGUUGUCAGAGUAACAACAUCUACUCUUUCCUGGAUGGGAGCUGUCAGUUAGGGGUGGGUAAAAUCGCUCCUGCUGUUAGGGAAGAGAGAAAAGAACAGGGGGUCAGAGUCCUGAGAGACACUGCACUUUAAUGGGAUUCCAUUUGUACACAGGUCCAUCUAUGUCCAGCCAUGCAUUGUUUGGAUAGCAGCCGUGGCCUUAUGCGGCAAAGAGCUGCAAGCAGAUUGAAUUGUAUUGAUCAGUUCUGCAGGACAUAUACAGUCAGCCCUCCAGGAUUGCAAAAUCCUCAAGGUGUGUGUGUGCGUGCAGACAAGUUUGUGUGUGUGUGUGUUGACAGUCACAGAAAUUGAGUUGUUCAGACUAAAACACAAGUGGUUAUUUCAUGGCUGGGUGGAGAUGCCAUGUCCAUGUCUGUCAAGGCCACAGGAGGAAGGGGAAGGCUGAAGCAUUAGGUUUGGAAUUUCUCCACUUCUUGAUUUCAAAUUGAAAAAUAUCCAAAACUUAGUGGAAAAAAAAAAAAUUGCAUGGUACAAGGUCACAUAGAGGAAGAUCUGGCUUAAUUUAUGCCAAAUAUGUUAGGAAGGAGUUCUUAAUUUUGUCAUAAAAAAUAAUUUGAUCAAAGUAUUUGUAUCUAACGUUUCUGGCAGUUAUCAGUUUAAAGUGGCAAUUACAAAGAUUCUCAUUUAUAUAAAUGUGGUCAUUCUUUCUUAAUCGAGUAGUCUAAAGAUUGAUCCUAAUGCAAUAUUUAUAUAAAUGUAGUAUUAAGAAUUUGGUCUCUAUGGCAAUAUAAAAAGGAAAAAUACUAAUUAUCCAAACCAAACAUUUUCUACUGGUAAAGCUUCAAUUGGCGAAACAAGAGCUAGUGGUAAUUAUGAAAGUACCAAUAGAGCUAAUCAAAAAUGUGUUUACACACUGGAAAAAAUAAUUUAUUGCAUUUUUCCAUAUCACCUCUGUUUAAAAUAAGGCAGGGGGUGAAAGGAAAAAAAAAAAAAGCAUCCAGAGGGAGGCGACAGGCUGCACACCUCCAGCUUCCCAGCAAAGGAAUCGACUUUUUUCCACUGUCCCCUGCUGUCCACACACUCAUGCUGUCAAUAAUAUCAUGGUUGUUCGCAGAAUGAUGGAAAAAUGCCAAUUACUGCCUGACUUCUUCAUUAAAACAACGAUUUCUUUCUGCCCCCUGAAUUAUGUGACCUGUAAAUGGACUGCAGUUAUAUAAUGUCAUUUCAGAAGGUUUGUUUUAGCUUACAACCCACAUUCAUUCUUUUAUAAACGCAUUUGUACUACUGUUAAAUACAUUGAAUAUGACUGGAUCAAAAAGCAAAACACUAGAAAACAUAAGUCAGUAGAACUUUUAAAAUUUUAUUGCCAAAUUUGAAAGCAGAAGGAAUGAUGAUGAGUUGUCACUUGUAAGCUGCCAGGUAGGGCCGGGCAAAGGCUGUUGCAGCUGAGGGGAGGCUAGGCUGGGUACAGAAUGAAGCUGUUGACAAUCCAAGCAAUGAUGGACAGCAGAGAAGCUUUCUUGGACAACUAAGCACAGUGGCCUUAGCUUUGCUACCACUGUGGUUGGUUUAACAAUCUGAUCAUGUAUGGCUGGAGAACAUGGGUAGACAUACUGCUGUUUCAUGAACUGAUAAACCACAUGUGUAAGCCGAUAGCAACAGAACCAGGUGGGAAGAGGACUAAAGCUCAAUGUCUGCAACUCAAAAAUAAAUAAAAAUAAAAUAAAAAGACUGGACAGAGAACAUGGACAAGAAUGAAGGGGAGAAACUGUAUUAAAAUAAAUAAGUAAAUAAAAAUAAGGGGAAAAAGAGCAGCUACAGUCACAAUCAUGUCAAACCACGAGCACAUUGAGCAUGUAUCAUGGUAACUGGAAAAAAUACUGGAGCCACUAUCUUGGCAUGUUGAUGCUUGAGCUCCAACCAUGAACUUUUCAAUUGGUGGACAGCUUGCACUCUCUUGAGCCAUAGCCUACUUUUGAGAUUGCCAUUUUAACCCUCAUACUAGCUUUAAAAAAAAAGUGUGAUUGUAACCCUUAGUGAGGUAUGAAAUUAAUGUAAAUGUCAGUUAGAUUUGUUUAGCAUAAAGGCUGCAAAAAAAUGGUAAAAAGCAACAAGCAUUAGCUGUUUGUAAUAUUUUCACUCUUUUCCACCCACCUCUGUCUAAUAAAUAUAAAGGUCAGCACUUGGAAAUACUAUCUACCAAUCCAUAUAAAUUAGCAGAAAUGCACAAAAGAAAUUAGGUAUAAUGUGUUAGCUACUGAGCUUUAUGGGAGAAGAGGAUUUGCUGCCUUUUAUAGUCAAGGUCAACUUUACAAAACUGCUGAUUGUGGCUCUAUGAAUAAUGGACAUGGGAUGGGUGUUGAUGUAGUUUUACAUUGACUGUGUGUGUAUAUAUAAAUAUGUGUGUGUGUAUAUAUAUAUAUAUAUAUAUAUAUAUAUAUGUAUAUAUAUAUAUACACACACACACACAUUUUGUUCAGAUACAAGGUGCUUCCCAAAAUCAAAGCUGUUUCCAUGGUAAGAUGGCUAAAUGCUUCCAAGUCAAUCUAAGGCUAGGAAAACCUCCCUCCUUGUAUUAUGAAAACAUAAAGUAACAGUCCUAAUGAGUGAACAUAGGCCACAUCGCAGUCUAACCUUCAUUUAUGUCUAAUAGAUGUAACAGUUGAAAAAAUUAGCAUGGUUGUUUAAUAGCUAGUAUCCAUUAGCAGCUACUUACUAGCCAUUUACAGUAUAUUAGCAAUUUAGACAUGCUGUCUUUGAUGGAAUAUUAAAAUGUUUAAUUUCAUUGGGUACAGUGAAAACAAACAGAUAGUGAGAUUUUAUGUCUUUUGGAGAGAUUUCAUGAUGUGACAUCCUAAAAACAGCCAUUAAGGAUCCUCGCUUCCCUGGCUUUAAGUAGAAUCUAUUGUUCUAAAGAUUUAAAUCUACAAGUACUAUAGAGCCUGUCAGAAUACUUGUCCAUGCAUUCCUGAAAUCUAGUUAAGGAAGAAGAGUAUAAAGCUGACUUCCAGUGUUAUUCCAGUGACCAUUUCUAAUACUGCAUUUCAGUGUGGCCAUAAAAAAUAUAUUCACUGUUUAUAACAAGAUGUUUUCCUUCUCCCUCAAAGUGUCUUUAAAAUUAUUUUCUGCAGGUUUACACAGUUUUGGGCCAAGGUCUACAUAUCCUCACUGGUAUUCUUCUGAACAACACAUAUAGCAAUGUGUUUUAGUGAUCUAUUUCCCAGGCUGCAGACUUAUAAUAACCCAGGGUGCAGGCAGGAAAAUAUUGAUCUUUUUUGGGAAUGUGUGUUCCUUACUCAAAGGAAUGACGUGAGGGAACAGAUGUUUCUCCAGAGGCGUGAGGGAAAGUUUUCCACCGUGUUUCUGGCUCUGACAUCCAGGUAUAACCAGCUCGAGCUGUGGCUGCUGUGCCAAGGUGUCCAGGGACUUGCCUGAACUGGCUGAGCCCAGAGUCUCAUUGUACCUGUAAGCCAUUUGGCAUGUACUCGUAUACGCUGACACACAGUGUAGGAUUACACAUGAGAACGCUAAAACAAACCUCACUCAUCAAUAUUGCACAAGAACAUUGACACACACUGAGUCACAGGUAAAACGCCAACAAAUUCAAACAUUGUGUGUAAUAUACACAUCCACAAGCACACAGACACACAAACUCACAUGUUUCAUAGUAGAUAUGCAUAAAUACAUGUGAUCAUUUGAUGCCUCAAAAUGUUACAGAAUAUUUUUUCUGCCAUCUUAAACAGCAUGUUUUGGUUAUUUUUUUUUUAUUUAUUUUUGAGAGGCAUGCAGAAAAAAUCUUUACUCCCCAUCUAUCUUUAUAUAAGGUGCCUAAUGAUGGAUAUUAAUGAUGAUACUGAUAUAUUGAUGAGUAUAUAUAAUAAAGUCAAAAAUCUUAACGUA